GAGGGUGGAUCACUAGGAUGAUAUCGACAAUUGUCUGGUGCGUUGUGCUGUAAAGGUCGAUAAUCCACCUAUACGAUGGGAUGAUGUGAGACGUAAUAACCGGCGUGGGUGACGCAAGUAGUAGAUAACAGUGUUGUCGCCGGUCUUUAGACUUGUGAGAGUUCCUUGCACGUUACAGCAGCAAAACUUGGAGCAAGAAUUAUAUUAUGCUUCGUACUUCAUAUGGUGUGAUAAACGCAUAUCAGUGAAUGCUUCAGCUGUUCUUGCUCCAGUAGUCAUACAGAGUCUAUCUCCUCGCUGAGAUCUAAUUCAAAAGUUGAAGACACGUGGAUAGGUUUCGUGGUAUAGAGGUCAGCGUGGACAGCAGACGGUCCCUUAGUCUUUUUGGUUUCCUUGGCUUUUAUCAUUCCCCAGUAGAGGUAGGUUUCAACACGGAUUUUACCUUAAAUUUACUGGGUGUGUUUUGGGCCAAAAAGUGCUGUUGAAUUUCCUGGAAAGAUAAAUACCGAAGAGAGUUUUCAUGACAACAGAUGUUCUGAAGUGCCUGAAAAUUGCAACCAAUCGAUGCAGUCCGGCAAUUGUACAGCAAGCGUCAACAUACUCCAGAGAGAACACUGAAAUCGACAGAUCUAGAUUUACUUUCGUUUACAACAGUGCUGGUGACAGUCUCUCAACUAGAUUUCACCCAUUCAGAAGCAAUAAGAAUCCGACAUGGGCGUCGUGUCGUUCCUGAAGGCCCUGCUGGCCAGGUGCCUGUUCGCAAUCCACGGCAUCAUCACCAUUUGGCGAGUCACGGAGGUGAAUUCCGAGAUGAUCUACUAUCUGCUGGUCAUCCCAGUUUGUCUGCUGCCCUUCGAGAUGAUCAUCACUCUUAAGUUCACGGAGAACGGGGAAUGGAAGUGGUUCUGUCCCAGCGUUCUGCUAUAUUUGGCCAGUGUGGUGCCGGGUCUGUGGCUGCUGCAAUUCGAUUUGUACGAGACGCGCAUCGAGUACCGUGACUUCAUGGGCUGGACGGACUGCUCGUCGGAGACAGUGUACAAUUCAUCGGGUCUCAGCUCUAAUGUUGCAGGGCUUCAGGUCAGCAUUCCUGUAUCCUUGUCAGACGACGCGUGGGCUCUAAGCCUUGAGCAGUUCCUGCUUGCCCUCUUGAUUAUGGGAAGAUGGCUGCUGCCGAAGGGAUCGCUCACCCGUGACCAGCUGUCCCAGUUGCUGCUCGUGUACAUCGGUAUGGCGGCCGACAUCUUGGAGUUCUCCCUGGAGAGCCUCAAGGAGCAGGUCGUCAUCUGCAACCUCCUCCUGAUCAUCAUCAUCCUGGGCCUGUGGAGCUGGAGCCUGCUCCAGUUCACCCUGGUGCUGACCUCGGUGUCCGCUCCCCGCACUCGGGCCGCCAGGACGACCGGCGGUCGGUCCUGCAAGGGCUGCUGUCGGUGCUGCGAGAACGAGAUUUGGGCCCUCUGCACCACCAUCCUGAUGCAGGACGGCCCGUUCCUGGUGAUGCGUCUGUUCCUGCUCAUCAACUACAGCGUCAUCAAUCAAAUGAUGUUGUUCUUCACCAUCAAGAACAUCUUGGUCAUCCUACUGCAGGUGUACAGGAUGACCAUCGUGUGCUGCGACGGACCGAGCACAGUGGAGCCCGACGUGGAAGCCAUGGAAGCCGUGGAAGAGGGUGACAUCAGCAAUGAUCAGCAGAACUCCUCACAAAAGACUCUGACCGAGGCCGCUAGUUAAGAGGAAGUAAAACCUAGAGAAAGUCGUAGUGGUAAACUCUCCAUUCACGUGUUAGCGAAUGCUAGUCGGUGGCUUAUGAUCAGUUUCAUUUCCAAUGACAUGCAAAUUAUCAAGCUGACGUCAUAGAUCAAGACCGCCCACACUGCAAUUGAGCAUUUUUAUUACGUUAUUAAUUUUGUCGAAACGGGACAGCGUCUUCCGUGCUAUGGAUCUGCCUUCUUAACCGAUAGCAGAAAAAGAAAAUAAUCAUAGGUAAGCAUGAAAGUUAAAAAAAGUUGCAGAUGCAAAGGUGGGCAUGCGGCCCACGGUAUCUAAUCACACUUUAUGCCACGCGUGUCUCACGUGAACGAACGUGAUCGCUGCACUGACUAAAAUGCCAGCACAGUGGGACAAUGCUCUGAAAUUGCUGAAUGUCACGAGUACACAGCAAUGACGUACCUGGGCUGAGGGAGGUAGCUGUGCGUUUUGUUAUGAUGCGCUGCAUCUGUGAAAUGACGGGCGUUGUUUAUUGAUAAUUCUGAUCCAGAGAUGGGUGAUUUUUCAUGAUGUCUGCCAUUUUACUUUAUAAUGUCUCAUAGCUGUAUCCACAGUGAAAUGGAGUUUCUUUGGACAUUAGUCGGUACUUUGAGGUGAAUAUAACAACUGACAAAUAACUGUAAAUUAUGUAUAAAAAGUAAUAUACGCAUGACAGCAAGUUGCAAUAUAAUGUGUACAUAGUGGGUUAGUCUUUAAUAAUUUGUGAUAUAGUGUUUGUAUUUACCACCGAGUCUUAGUGUUUUCAAAGAGCCUUAGUGUUGCCGUCCAUGCAAAAUUAAAGCCAAACGAGAUUUGCCUCUAUUAGAUGUAAUUGUUUCUAUGAGCAGUUUAUUUGAUAACGUACGUAUAGAGGGAUCCCAAUAUGACGUCGCUUUAGCAUCGAUUUGCGCACUUCCGCGUUUGAAAACGAGGCUGCAUGUGUCAACUUCAAUUCUUAAUACGAUCAGACGAUUGAAA